AUGGCGAUCUCGAGGUUGAGACUUGCUCAGACCAAGAAAACGGCUAUAACGAAACAACAGAGACGACAGAUGGCCGAACUUCUCCAACAGGGCAAGGAGGAGAGUGCUAAGAUAAGGGUUGAAAACAUCAUUCGCGAUGACAUGUUGAUCGAACUGUUAGAAUAUCUGGAAUUGUAUUGUGAGUUGUUGUUGGCUCGUAUUGGAUUGCUUAGUUCUUCACCGUUGGCUGCUAAUUCUGCACCCGGGGAGUUACACGUCCAGGUGUGUCCGCCUGGAUUAGAAGAGGCUGUGAAGUCAAUCAUUUUCGCAGCUCAAUACACUGAAAUCAAGGAAUUGAUGUCUGUGAAGGAUCUUUUGGCACACAAAUUUGGAAAAGAAUUCUAUCUGAGAGCUUUGAACGACGAAGAAACGAGCACGGAGGCGAGAGUCCCUCAUAAGAUUCUGUCCAGAUGUUCUGUCGAGCCACCCAGUCCGGAACUUGUGAGGCUAUAUCUCUCUGAGAUAGCAAAAGUUUAUAACGUGCCGUUCUCCGAGCUCGAGGUUGAGUCUGACGAGGAAGAUUAUGAUGGAGAAGGUGGGACAGGAAUAGCAGUUCUGGAUCCACCUUCGUUUAUUGAAGAUGAUAUUGAACCUAAGGAAGCUGAAAAAACGGAGCCAAUCAGUGUUUUGCCUCCAGGAAUGUCUACUGAUAAUCCCCAACCUUCAGUGAGCAUACCUAAGGGAAUAGCUGUCACUAGGAAGAAGAGAGCUAGCGACGUGGGUCUGAAUCCUCAAGCUGCUCCAGCGGGUGGAUAUGCAAAAAAGAAGGUAGAUGACGACCUUGAUGCGCUACGCAAGAGGUUUGAAGCAUUGAAGAAGAACUAA